AUGAGAGGACUUGUUGUCUUGGUUACUUUGGCCUGCUUGGCCAGCGCUCAGCACCAAGCUCUGAUUGACUAUUUGGAGCGGAGGCUGCUCGCUAUUGAGGAUCGGAUCUCUCUGUGGCAUGAACAGACCACUCGGUACGUCUCAGAGCUGCGGGAGCUGAAGCAACAGAUGGUUUCUCAGUUGGAGAACCUGGACAAGGAGAAAGAGACGCUGAGGAUGAAUCUGGACAGUGUGGGGACCAGGGUGGACCGCGUCGAACGAGAGAUGGACUACCUAGAGACCCAGAACGGGGCUCAGCCGUGUGUGGACGUGGAUGACAAGCUGAUCGAGCAAGAGGUUACGCUGGUGAAGGAAAAGCAGAAAGCCAAGUAUUCAAAGUUGUCAGACUGCAGCGACAUGAUCUCCAGCAUAAAAGCAAUGAAGAUCUUGAAGCGUGUUGGAGGUCCAAAGGGCAUGUGGACCAAAGACACAAGCAGAGGCUCUGGGAAAAUCUACAUUUUUAAUGGUACGGAUGAUGACAUCAUACAUGAGUUUGCUUCUGUGCAAGACUUCACCAGCUCGCAGGGGUUUACUCUGUCCAAGAACCUGAAGCUGACUUCGUCCUGGAGUGGAACAGGACAUGUUGUCUACAACAACCAUGCGUAUUACAUCAAUUAUGGUCAGGAGAUAAAUGUGGUUAAAUAUAACAUAAAGGACGGCUCUGUGACAGACAGCGCAGUGUUCCCAGAGCAGGACCCUGUCCCUGUUUACAGCCUGACUCCUGAGACAGUGAUGGACCUGGCUGUGGACGAGGAAGGCCUGUGGGCCAUUUAUGCCACACAGCAGAACGAGAGGCACAUCUCUGUUGCCAAAAUGGACGCUAACUCACUGGACAUCGAGCAAAUGUGGGACACAAAUUGUCCAAGAGAGAACGCAGAGGCGGCUUUUGUAAUCUGUGGCACAUUGUAUGUGGUGUACAAUACCAAGCAGCCCGGUCGCUCUCGUGUCCAGUGUUUGUUUGAUGUCAAUGACAUGGUGAGCAACGAAGAGGCGCCAUUGGUUUACUUCCCAAAACGUUAUGGGGCGCACUCCAGCCUGAAGUACAACCCACAGGAGCAGCUGCUCUACGCCUGGGAUGAUGGCUACCAGAUCCUUUACAAACUUAUCAUGAAAAAGAAACUAGAAAUCUGAGCUAAAUCACAUACUCUACAUCCUCUGAAACUCACACAAACACACCCAGACCCUCUUACCAGAGUAAGGUUUUCACAAAUGUCAACUCCUUACCUACAAAUCAAUACUUUCAAAUACUGCUGGCCCAUGCAUGCUGUAGAAAUAUAGGUUUUUUUGUACCUGUUGGGCCACCACUUGUUUCUGCAGUAUCAAGUCUGCAUUCUUUCUUUUUGACUUCUUUGUAGUAUGGUAUGGGGUGUAUCGUCAUAGCAGCAGGAGGUCAGACUAGUUUAAAAAGACUCAAUCGUGUAAUCCUUCAGUGUGAUGCAACUCAAGCGAAGAGUCUGCCUCUAGAUUCCGAUUAGGAAAUAAUUGCAGGAAAACACAAAAAUAACCAACAUCCUAAAAAGGAGCAAAGCUGAUUAUACAAACGCAUCUGUAUACUUUCCAACAGUCUGUCAGUUAAGUGUUCAGCCUAUUUCUAAUCAGACUGCACUACACUUCUUAUAUCACUAUUCUUCUGUAUCCAAGAGCGUAUCAGCUUACUGUUCUUACUUGUGACUUCUUGUGCUGUUGUCUACGUCUCUGGAAGCUUUAAAGCUUAGUUUACCCUUA